AUGGCCCAUGCACAUCUCAACAAGAAGGCGCAAGAGCUCAAGGCACUGCAUCAACCCGGGACGCCGGUGAUCUUGGCCAACGUGUGGGACAUGGCAUCCGCACGGGCGGUCGGCUCCCUACCCAACGCCAAAGCCAUUGCAACUGCGUCCUAUGCUGUGGCACUGGCGAAUGGCACAGAGGACGCGACCCUGACCCUGGACAUCAAUGUGUCGGCAACUCAAGCCAUUGGAAAGAUUGCCGCCGAGCUCGACAAACCAUUGUCUGUCGACUUGCAGGACGGCUAUGGCACUCGUCUUGAAGACGCCAUUUCCGGUAUCAUUGCCGCUGGAGCGGUGGGUGCCAACAUCGAAGACGUGGACAAGGAUACUGGUGUGCAGUACUCACCCUCCGAAGCAGCAGAUAGAAUUGUUCGCGCAUUGGCAACCGCGAAGAGCGCUGGAGUUCCUGACUUCGUUGUCAACGCCCGCUGUGAUACCUUGCUCAGGGGAACUGGAGAUGUGGCAGAGACUAUCUCACGGGGCAAAAAGUAUCUUGAAGCUGGCGCGACAACUGUUUUCGUCCUUGGAGGUUCUAAACGGGGUGGUUUGUCAAGCGAAGAGGUGAAGCAGUUGACCAAGGGACUGGAUGGCAGAUUGAAUGUCUCUGUUGUCUUAGCAGAAGGGAAACUGACUGUGAAAGAUGUGGAAGACAUCGGCGUCAGCAGAAUUAGCAUUGGACCGCAAUUGCUUCUAAAGGCAAUGCAGGGUGUCAAGGCAGAAGCCGAAAAACUCCUGAGCAGGUCCUAG